GUCCUCACACCUCACCACUUCUUCCCUCCGCACGCACCUUUGAUCCUCGACCACGUCAAGGGCACGUUACCCUACAUAGACUCCUCCGUCCGUUUUUCAGCCUUGUCGCCUCGUCAAACUUUUUUUCUCCUCAUCGACCUCUCUUCCCCCAAUCUCGCCUUUUCUUUUCUUUUAUCAGACGGUUUCAUCUUCCUGCCCAACACUUCGGAGGAUGCGACUCGCCAUUUUCCUUACCCCUCGCUAAGACGAUUCGCGAAUCAGAUACGCGCAACUCCACCAUGGACUGGAGACUGCUCGACUACGCCAAAGCCGCCGAGGACGUGGCUUCCGGGCUCUAUGUCUUCAAGGAUGAGGUUCCUCAGUAUGCCAAAGAGAUCACGGGAGACAUGGCCGAGCUGUGGGCUAUCUCCAAUGCUCUCCACACCCUCGAUGAGGGGCUGGCCUUGUCCAGCUAUGGCAGAUGGUCAGGCCGCAUUCUGAGAGACCUCGAACCUUUGCUCCGGAGUCUGUCUUACACGCUGGACGAUAUCCGUGAUAUGUUCAGUAGAUCAAAGAAGUCAGCUCCACUUCCUGGAGCCUUCCCCGGAACUCCUCCGUAUCCCCGUAUUUGGUCCAAGGCAUGUGACAACUUUGAGGCUGAAGGUAUCAACCUGCCAUUGCGGCUGCAAUACUACCGCGGCUAUCUCCAAGGAUUGUAUGACAUCCUGAAAGGUGCACCGAACGAUGACGAGGUGGACCAAAUCAGGCCAAAGCUUCAUCGUCUGCUUAGAAGACAAGAACCAAAACCCGCUGAAGCUCCACCACCUCCACCACCUCCACCGCCGCCACCUCCUCCUCCCGUAGAGACAUAUUUCAGCAGACUGAACAUUGGAGAUCCUAGUCCCUAUGGGCAUGCACAAACGCCUAUGCCGAAUCCUCCAUCACAGCCUCGACCAAAGAUUCAUAAAAAUCCAACCUAUCCUUCAGCAUAUGGUGGACACUACGAUGUCCACCCAACCGCACAUCCACCACCUCCUCCUCCACCACCACCGCCGCCGCCGCCGCCUCCUCCUCCACCUCCACCUCCACAGCAUCAGGGCCAGCCGAUGUACUCUCAUGUUCCAGCUGGCCAUAUGUAUCCACCACCUCCUCCUCCCCCUCCCCCUCCGCCGCCUCCACCACCACCACCGCCACCUCAGGUUGUGUACAGUCACGUCCCGGCCCCUCCAAAACCGCACCAGAUUCCACCGCCCCCUCAGCCAAAGCAUUCCAAGCGUCAUUCUCGAGUCUCUACGCCGGUUUACGGAGAAAUUCCUUACGUUCCCCCUGCUGCCCCUGAGGUCCCACAGUCGCCCACGUACUCCACGGCCUCGUCUCAGACGUACUCAUCCCAUUCCAAUGAUUCGGGGGGCCCAGUCGCGCAUUGGUCCAUGAAGAUCUUCAACGGUCGCCACGGCAGCACUCCCUUCCAGAUCCUCGGCGAGCAGACGAAAUGCCUAGGACGAGACCAGCCGCAAUCGAUCGAACGCCUCGACGCUGAAGGCUUCAUCAAAGUGCUCGAGCUGCCUUUCGAAGCCACCAACGUCUGGGUCCGCCUCUACUGGCGCCCCGAUGAUUCCCGUGCGCGCAUCCUCUUCCUCACCAUGGACUCCGCGGCCCGCAAAUUCAGGUACUGCUUCCCGCUCACCGGCCUGAAGGUCCUCCGCACGGAAUCCUGCCUCCAGCUCUGCCGCGUCAACCGCGACGACGGCAACCUCGACCUCUGGGCGAACCUCCGCUUCAUGAUCUACGAGCGCAUGGUGCUCUUCUACUGCACCCUCGUCGCCAUGAAGUCCCAGGAUGAAACGAGCACCGCGGAAGGCCUCGAGGACUUCUUCCAGCCGGGCGAGAAGCAAGAGUACGGCGGCGAGAUCCAGGACGGCCACAUGCUACAUGCAUUCCGCAUCUUCCGCGACCGCGACUCCGGCGGCGUGAGGUUCGAGGUCACCCCUCGGAGGGGCAAGAUGAAGACGAUUCCUAUCUGGACCGCUUUCGUCACGCAGUAUAUCGGGAAUAUGAAGUGGAUGAAGCUCGUGGGCGACGCGACCAUCCAGUUCCGCGACCUACAUCCGUAUGUAUUUUGUGACGGGUAUAGGCCUCCUCAGGGCCGGUCGGGCAAGUAUCAGCUGCAGUUCACUUCGAGGGAAGACGCCUUAUACUUCAUGGAAACAUUCCACAACAUCCGAACACGAUAGUCAAGCGUCGUCAGUGGCACCGUGACUCCCCUCCCACAUUGUGCAAUUUAUGGUGGCCAGGGAGAACUCCGAAAAAAGAAAAGAGGAUAAAGAGCAGAAUGAU